CUGUAUCGGGAUUGGUUUAUAUGAAGGGAGAUCCAGAAAAAAGAAUCCCACCCACAAUCUGGACCCUGACUUUAAACAAACAUGUGGGAUUCGAGAACCUCAUACUUGUGAAAACACCUUUAUAUAUUCUCAUCCUUCCUAGGCACUACCCAUAUUAUCCAUUCUCUCUUAUCUCUCCCCCUCUACCCUCACUCCUCCAACCAUCAACUUCUCCGCCGAGUACCGUAAGCUGCAGAAGCCAGUAAACCCGUCUCGAAUUUCCUACAGCAAAAUAUUACAGUGAUGCGCCAGCAAUAGGAAACAAUUCAUGCACCCCUUCUCAAUCCUCACACUUGCGAUUUUCGUAGCCGGCUACAUCACUGCGAGGUGGGAUCUGGUUACUAGACUUUAUGAGCUUGCCAUAUUCGCAUGGGAUCACGGAGUAGUGGCACGAACUUUGAAAGGAUUCGCGAUUCUUUCCCUCUUCUUCUUUCUAUUCAUUAUACCAGUAGAAAGGCUCGCGUCGAGGGAGACGACACUACAUCCGCGAUCUGGCAGCGUCGGCAUAUCUGCACGAGAACAAUUGCGACGUCGGGGUUCUUUUUGA